UACAACAAUAACAAUAACAUGACACUGCCAACAACAGGAACAACUUCAACAUAUUUUACAUACAGCAUACCAGGCAUGGACAUAACGCCAGGACCACUUGUAUUCACCUAUGUUAGUGAAUUUUUAUCAUUUAUAACACCAGAAGAAUUACCACUCGAUCUGGUGAGAGAAGCGCUACAUAAAAAUCUUACAAUAGUGGAUUUCGCAUCAAAUGCCAUCAAAGUCGAAUCUGGUUUUAUAGCGAUUAUGACAAUAUUUGCGAUUUUUGCAUUUGUACCAUUAAUAGCCACAUGCGCUUGGUGUUGUUGUGGUCGUCGUUUAGAUGAAGAAGAAUUAGCCCGAGAUGGUCCAGUUACAAUGAUGGACGAAUCUCUAGAAGAUACUUUAAUCUGCCGAAAGCGUGCAUCGGUAGCAACACUAUGGAUAACGUUUAUAUUUUUAGUCUUAAGCGAUGUUUGCAUAUUUUAUGCUAACAGCCGUUUGGCUUCUACCGUUGAAAUGGCACCAGAAAUGGUUAAAUCUACCGUACAUGAUAUGGAAGUAUUUCUAAAAGACACACAUUUACAAAUCAAACAUAAAUUAGAUAAUGGUUUUCAUGUUUCUGUUGAGAAAGUUGUUAAGGACUUAGAGGACGUUGAUGUACUACUUGGAGAACCAAUUCAGGCGGAAAUAUCUGCAAAUACUGGUAUCGAACUGGCAUACGAUUCUUUAGCUACAAUCAGUUUAGCAAAUGCUGAGUUGAUAUAUCGUGUCCUUAUGCUGCAAGAGACUGUCGGACGCGCCUUGAAAAUAUCACAAGAGGCUGCUGCACGUAUGGAGGAACUACAAAUCCAAUUGUCCGUGUUGCAACGUCAGUGUACAUAUCGUGAUCGACCACUUUGCGAUACACUAAGGAUAAGAAGUUUCGAAGAAAAUGGCAUUAUUGAAGCACUCAAAGCGUUGCAAGAGGACCAGACGAUAUUCCGUAUGCGAUAUUUGGGUGAAAUUGAAUUUGGUGCAACUGUCAAGAAUCUGUCAUCGGAGGUGGGUGUGUCACGUUCAAUAUUUAGCAAUUAUCCGCAACAAGUUAAACAUGACACGGCAUAUGAACGAAAUUAUACCUUGGAGCAAUUGGAGAAUAUAAGGCACCGCACUACGGCGAACGCCCAAAUGCUAACAUCGACCAUUAAUGUGCUCCUGGAUCGGUUGCAGGGGACAUGGGAAAGUGUACAACCCAAAUAUAACGAGCUGCAGGAAUGGUCAAAUUAUUAUUGGACAACUGGUUGGAUAACGGGCUUGGUUAUCAUUUGGGUGCUGCUAUUUGCAGUAAUGGCAUAUUGUUGCUUCCUUUGUGAGUCCAAUGUGAAGGCUGGAUUUGUGCUAUUUAUCGCCGUGUUUAUUAUAUGUGUCGGUAGUAUUUGCAUUACGCUGUACGGUGUGUUGACAUUAGCCGUUGGCGGCAAUACAGAAAUUUUCCUAUGUCGUGCCUUGUACGAUGGCAGCGCUGAUAGAGGUAACGAAUUUAAUAUGCUAGGUAAGUUAUUGGACAAACCGGGCUAUAUGUAUGAAUAUGAACCACAAAAUGGCAUAAUUGGUGAACUAUUACGUCCAAAUGGUGUAAAUCGCUCAAUUGUGAAUGUUAGCUUGGCAACAGCCUUGAGAGGCUGUGAGCAAAAUGAAGCAUCGUACAAUGUCUUCCAAUUGGAUGCAUUCGUUAAUACAACGCAAAUUUCCGAUUUGAAACAAUUUCCAAAAGUGACAACAGCCAUCGAUGCAAUUGAUGUGUCCGAACGUACGCUUUUGUCGUUGACGCAGACAAUACAAAACAUAUUGGAGAAUAUGUUGCAGACAUCUUCGUUCAAUUUGACCUCAUAUCGGGCCAGUAUUGGAGCACCAACGCCUGAAAAAGAUUUGGCUACGUUCAUCGAUCAAAUGCAGAGAGUGGCAUUGCAAAUACAGGAUGUUGCCACUUCCUCACGUAUGACAACACUUGGUAGUCGAUCGAAACGUUUGCAAGCUUCUAUUUUGCAGCCAUUGGAGCAAUUGCAGAACGAAAUUCUUUAUCAUCUGACAGCAUUGGAAUUGCAGAGAGACCCAUGGGCCAAGCAGGUCAAUCAGACAUUAAACCAUUUGCGCAACAUACAAGGAUACUUGGAAAAGACAGCUACCGAAAUAUGCCAAAAUCAAACACGCAUCUAUACAGAGAGACUCAAGACGUAUCUCACAAAUAGUAAGUCGACCAUGUCAAGUCAGUUGGGUGAAACAACAGCAAAAUGCCGUCCAUUCUUUGAUAUAUUUGAUGCAAAUCGUAUAUUUCUAUGUAGAAAUAUUGUAGAUUACAUAAACGGUUUAUGGUUCUUUACGUUCAUAACAAUUCUAUUAUGGUCAAUUGGUACACCAGUAGGAUUAAAUAUGAUCUCCAUACAACGAGAAAUGGAUGGACUGAAAAAGGUGCAAGCACGUGCAGCUGAGCGAGCAAGUGAUAGCAGUGGUGGUAGACGACGACGUACGGAUCGCACUGAAAGGGCGACUAGUGCAGCAAGAGAUCGAAGUACAAGUAGUGCUUCCAGACCUAGGCCACAACUGCGUCGUUCUGCCACAGAAGAAACAUUGGAUAUAGCAGAUGAAGUUGAACCACAACGUCAAUUACGCGAUACUCGUAGCCGUGAACGAGAGAUAAGUAGACCUCGAGAAACACCCAGUGCAACUGCUACACCAGCACGCAGUAGAACACAGUUACGUCAUUCAGGCACCGAUAUUGAAGAUAACUGGGGUUCGUCUAGUGCUAGUAGAGGAACUUCUAUGGAACGUGAACAAAGUCAACCCAGAGGUUAUAGCAGUUACAGACCGCAGACACAGAAAACAAAACAGAAACCACAAUUACGUAAGCAAGGUACUGAAGAGUUGGAUAUGGAUGAUGAUAGUUGGUUUACAACUUGUACUGGUCGAGAGCAACGACGAGAUAGUAGAAGAGAGCAACAACAAGAUCGCAGCAUGCCUAGAACGCGACGUCGUACUGAAGAUGAGAGCUUUGAACAAGAUAGAAGACGUCCAGCUACACCAGUUUUAUCAGUCAAUCCAGAUGCACAACCUGCCGUUCCACAACCAAGAACUCCAUCGCGUUUGAGAAGUAGAGUCUCACUUACAUCUAGAGCUAUUGAAAAUAUCAUGACUUCGUCAACCGGUCGUAAUAGAAGAUUACAACGUACCGGUACUGAAGACUACGAUCUAGAUGACAGUGAGAUUUAUGGUGCUGCCACCGCAACUAAUCCAGCUGCUAUUGCUGCCGCUCGACGUACGCCACCAAGAACCGCACCACCACCACCACCACUUCCUGACACGAUGACCAGUUCACGUAAUGUUCGCUGGCAUGAAGAAGAUGAUUUGGUCUUUGAGGAUGCGGAUUAGGUUUAGGAGUUCAAUGAUCUCCUCUCCUUUUAUAGUAUUAAUUUUUACUUAUAUUCACAAGUUUCAUAUAAACAUAAACAUUUAACAUCACAUAUAUCAGAAGUAAAAAAAUAUUUUCCAUAACAAAUGCACGAUUUUAUAUAUGCUAAGCGUAUUUUAAAUUUUUAUUCUAUUUUA